AUGUCUACUACUGAGUCUACUGUUAGCACGCAAACAGGGAAUCGGCCCACGAUCCAGCUUACCGGUGCUGACCCAAGCACGAACGAGACUCCGACUCCCGAGUGGCUGGUCGAGCUAUCAACCAAAGGAUGGACAGUCGUCCGCGAGACCAUUCCCAAGGCAAAAGCCCUCGAAUAUGCGAACAAGGCCUACGACUGGCUCGAGAGUUGGAAUCUCGGAUUUGACCGUAACGAUCCAUCGACCCGGAAGGCAGCUAAUCUCCCAUAUCACAUCCGAGGGGGGUUGUAUAAUGCGUAUGGCAUCGGACACGAGCAGUUCGUCUGGGACUUGAAAUCCGAGCCUGGCCUUGUUGAGAAAUGGGAGAGGAUCUGGGAGACGACAGAGUUACUUGCUUCCUUUGACGGGAUAAACCUCUCCAUGCCCGAAAAAGCGCGCCCCAAGACCGACCCCGUCUUCGCGCCCUGGUCCCACGUCGACCAGUCCCCAUUCAACACCCAAUUCGACACCAUCCAGGGAAUUGUGAACCUGCUCCCGAACGGGCCCGAAGACGGCGGGUUGAUGAUCCUCGAAGGCUCCAGCUCCUUUUACACCGAGCUCUGGGCGCGCUUUGACCACAAACAGGGCGAAAAUGGCUGGAGCAAGGCCGCGUUUCAGUAUGUUGAUGAGGAGAUGUGUCAGUGGCUUCAGUCGAGGGGUUGUAAAUGGACGAAGGUGUGCGCGCAGCCUGGUGAUUUGUUACUCUGGGACUCGCGAACUAUACAUUACGGCGCGGCACCUUCAUCGAUCAAUGACCGCUUCGCUGCUUACGUCUGCUACAAACCAGCGUCCAGUAUCUCUGAAGAAGCAAAGAAAGUGCGAAUCGAGGCAUUCAACUCGAAGAAAAGUACUACUCACGAUCCAGCGAAUUUCCGCGUCAGGGACCGCCAUCCACCAACUGAUCAUCCAUCGUAUGAGGCUGCUGUCGAGAGACCGUUCCAGGAGCCGGUGCUGUCGAAGAGGGCGAGGGAGUUGAUUGGACUGGAUCCUUAUUAG